AAUGGUGAAAUCGAUUUCCGUGUAAGCAAAGAGCGCUAUUUCUUGUUGUCUUUUCUCGUAACUGAAAAUAUGGCUGAGGUAUGUGUCACAAAAUAUCCAAUAAAAUCUCAUUCAUAUACUAUAAAAAAAUAUACGGAAAUGCUUUAAAAUAAGAUAUGAAUUUCUUUUUUAAUAGGCAGAUAUAAUAUUAAUACAUAAGAAUGAAUAUUUUCGAUUUGUAAUCUAACCUUUUUAAAUGUGUGAUGUAUGAUUUUCAGGCAGAGGAAACUCAAAAGAAAAAGAGAACUUUCCGCAAGUUCACCUUUCGAGGAGUUGAUCUUGAUCAACUCCUUGAUAUGCCAAAGUAAGUUUUUUUUAUGUUUUUUUAUGUUUUAAAAAAUACUAAGUAUUUUUAGGUUAUGGUAAUCAAUUAAAGGCAAACAUUCAGUUACCAUGAAUAUUAUAUAUUAGCUGUUAUUUUAUUGUUCUAGUGAACAACUUAUGGUUUUGAUGCAUGCUCGAGCUCGUAGGCGAUUCUCUCAUGGUCUGAAAAGAAAAUCUAUGGCUUUAGUAAAGAAAUUACGUAAGGCAAAGAAGGAAACUCCACCAAAUGAAAAGCCAGAGAUUGUCAAAACUCAUUUGCGCAACAUGAUUAUAGUGCCAGAAAUGGUAGGGUCAAUUGUUGGUGUUUAUAAUGGUAAAACAUUUAAUCAAGUCGAGAUUAAGCCGGAAAUGAUUGGUCAUUACUUGGGAGAGUUUUCUGUUACUUAUAAACCUGUGAAGCAUGGUAGACCUGGUAUUGGUGCUACCCACUCUUCAAGAUUUAUUCCUCUAAAAUAAUUUAUACCUUCCAUGUGAAUAAAAUAUACAAAAACUAAAA